AUGGGCGGCGGCCCCGGGUUAGGAGGAGGAGGAGGGUUUGGUCAGCCCAGUCCACCGAACAUUGCGGGACAACAACAACAACAAAAUCAACCGCAAAAUCAAACCGCACCGCAAACGAAUCCGAACAACGACAUGCUCGUGCAGUCCUCGCCUCAAGACGGCAUCACUUCGUUGAAAUGGUCACCGACGGGGAAUUUCUUGGUCGCCACCGGGUGGGAUAAUAAAGUUUUGUGUUACGACGUGCAACCGAACGGACAGGCGUUGCCGAAAGCGGCGAUGGAGGCGCACGAGGCGCCGGUGAUGGCGUCCGUGUGGAGUCCGGACGGAAGCGCGGUGUUUAGCGGCGGGUGCGAUAACCAGGCGAAGAAGUGGGAUUUAGGGUCGAAUCAAACGACGCAAGUGGCACAGCACGAUGGACCGAUUAGGCACAUGGCGUGGAUUCAGCAACAUAACAUUUUGUGCACGGGGAGUUGGGAUAAGACGUUGAAGUAUUGGGACGCGAGACAACCGAAUCCGGUGAGCGUGGCGCAAUUGCCGGAGAGGUGUUACGCUUUAGACGUGAAACAGAAUUUAUUGGUGUGCGGGACAGCGGAGAGGCACAUAUUGGUGUAUAACAUGCAGAAUCCAACGCAACCGUAUAAGCAGUUGUAUUCGCCGUUGAAAUAUCAGACGAGGUGUAUCGCGGCUUUUCCGGAUCAGAGCGGGUAUUUGGUUGGGUCGAUCGAAGGGAGAGUAGCGGUGCAACACGUUGAGGAUAACAUGAAAUCGGCGAAUUUUACGUUUAAAUGCCAUCGAGAACAGAACGAUAUAUACGCGGUGAACUCGAUUUCGUUCCAUCCGACGUUUGGAACGUUUGUCACUGCCGGUGCGGAUGGGAAUUACAACUUUUGGGAUAAAGAUUCCAAGCAAAGGUUGAAGGCGAUGCAAAAAGUAAGUUGUCCGAUUUCCUGCGGCGAUUUCAACAGAGACGGGACGAUUUAUGCCUACGCUGCGAGUUACGAGUGGAGUAAAGGUGGUGAUAAUCCAAUGGCUAACCAGCCGAAUAAUAUAUAUUUGCACUCGGUGGCGGAAACGGAGGUGAAGCCGAGACAAAAGAGUAGUCUCGGCGGCAGACGUUGA